AUGGUUCAUAUCAAGGAUCUUGAAAUGUCGAUCUCCUUCUACAUCGACGCAACAUCCCAGCCUACAGUAGCAUUUGUCAGGGAAAUUCUUCCUGGUCAUUCGUCAGAGCUGAAGCUGGAGGCCUCAGGCUUUUCUCCUCUCCCUGCUGUAUGGAAGGACAUAAAGCUUGCUCCGCAGAAGACACCCGCGCCUACCCCGUCAGCCUUGUCCAAGAAUGACGCAGUUUCUGAGCCGGAUAAGUCGCCGAAGAGCUUUAAGUUUUCUUUCCCAGACGGAAACGUAAUACUUUUGAUCGAGGGCACAUUGUAUCAUCUCCAUCACUACCUAUUCAUUCGCCACUCCUCGAAAUCCGCAGCUGAGUUUCUCCAAUACACCUCUGAUAAUGACACUCUUAUCAAAUUGGAUGCUACCGACAAGCAGGGAUUCGAAGCUUUACUAUCGAUUCUAUAUCCUUUGGAUUUCACGAGACCCAAUAUAGAAGGGGUGGCUUCGUGGGUUUCCGUCCUCCAUAUAGCGACUGAGUGGGGUUUCAAAACCAUCCGGGAGUUAGCGAUCCAGUCUCUCGCUCCCAUCAUCUCGCCUGUCGACCAAGUUGCCAGAGAAGAAUCUCUUACCUUCGAGGAAGGGCGGCGGCUUGGCCUUGAGAACGUCAUCGCGAUCGACUGUGCCCGACAGGAGAUUCGGGAUCAAAUGGCUGCACGCUCCACCGCAGCACUUACUACGACACACUGCCUGGCCUGUAAAGCAUCCGACAUCUACACCCCGCCAUCCCCGAAGGUCGACCCAUCGGCGGCUCAAGAUCCGCCAUCCCUAGUAUCGUUCUGGACAACAAGGACUUCUUCAAUGCCGACUUUCACCGCUCUGCCCACUCCUGAUAGCCUGAAGUCUUCCGCUGGCCGUGUAUGUGGUGUGCAACGAGGUAAACUUUCUCCCACCGAAAUCUCCCGCCAAGUCGCGCGGUCGAUACCCCAGUUAGUGAUCGCGUAA